CAUGGCGCCAGUUUUGAAAGUCUUUGUUUGAGUUCGCACAAAUCAACAAGCCACGGCACAAAUUCAGGUGAGAUCUUAAUGCAGUCUAUUCAAAAUCAUUUCUUAAAGAUAUUUACACGCCUUAAUUUGUGGUUGGGGAACUUGCUCCUUCGAAAAAUUGACGGUAAUCUGCGGUCAAGUAUCAUUAUAACGGACAGAAUUCAAGUUACUAUUUGUCUGAAAGUGAAAUAUUCAUGUUCGCUUGCAAAUUGGGGUUACUGAAAGCGAAAACAUAGAUUUUAUUACGCAGUCCAUGCUCAAAUUGAUGUUAAAACGGUCGCUUCCUGCACGGAAUUACUUCACAACUACUGAUGCGCAAAGAUAACAAAAAUAUUUCAAAUUAAGUUCAAGAUGCAUUAAACAGGUAACUUGAAAUAAUGAUAAGCUUUUAAACAAGCAAAAUAAGAAGUGCCUACUUAAAAUCAUAGCUUGUUAGUGAUGUCUGUGAUAAAAAAUGACUGAAUUUCCAAUAUUAUCUCAAUUGUAUUGUAAAAUUCACCUUCUUGACUGUAAAUCUUUCACCCACUUGUUAAAUUUAUUAUGCAGAAUAUUUGUUGUGGUGGUGCGUACGCACACUUUAAAAUAUCAAACCCCCAUUAAGAUAAAACACUGAAUUUGAACAGUCUGACUUUAUUUCAAACAGUUAAGCGAAAAUUGUGAGAUGCUACUACUUGCAUCUUAACUGAAUGUCUUUCUGUAAAACCUCGGCUGCUAUAUUGAAUUGCUCCCGCCAAAAUAUGCUGAAAAUGCGCGCAAAUUUUUCUUUAUUUUUAUUUGAAUGUAUUAAUGACGUUAAUUGAUUUUCCUUGAACAUAAUCGGGGACUAAACUUUAAUUUCCUCUAUCUGAGAGCAGAAUCAAUUGUAUAUUUUUCCCGUUUCAAAGCGCACCGGCCUUUAAAAACUUCGCUAAGCUGCAUGAAAUAUUUGAGAGCCAACACGGUCGAAAUCUAAUCAAUUAACAUUUGUGAGUCUUGCAGACUGCGAUGUUAAUUAGUGUAAACAACAGAAACAGAGAGUACAGAAAAAAAAAUUACAAGUUACAAUAACUUGAAAGAAAUAAAACAAUACAGUUUAGGUUCGUAGGCUUAAAUAUGUUUCGGGCACGACUCAGAGUCAUUUAUGCCCGCCAAGGUAAACUCUUUUGUUUUAAUAAUUUAGAAUUACUGCCCUUUUUCAUUUUCAACACAAUAGAAUUCAUUAGAAAGCCAGAGUUGAUUUUCAUGUAAAAUUGAUUCUUUUUGCCAAUCUUUGGAAACAGAUAAUCAAAUAAAAGAUAUUUUAAUGGAUAAAUCUUUUACUAAGUACAUGACCUGUUUAACGGAUUUUAUCACGGGCCGCUUUCAGUGACAGAAAUAUAUUUACAGUGAGUAUUGGUACUGCUAGGUAAAAUAUGAUGGUAGAAUUUUAAAAACUUUAAUGAUAAACCAUGAUGUAAAUAGCUCUUCAUUCGCGCAAGGACGAUCGAACAAAUGCGAAGGAAUACAGCUUACCAAACUCCCAAACAUAGAAAAAAAAAGGUUUAUUAAUCUCAAAUAGUGGUCAUUCCAAUGAUUGUAGAUUUUGCAACGCCAGCAUUUACAAAGCUUUCCUCCCACUAAAACAGGAACACAAAGAAACAAACCUCUUCAAAUUCUCAAGAUUGUGGUCGGAAACGUUCAUCUAUUGACGUAAACAGUUUCGCGUUGGAGUGCUGUUUAAAUAUAAUUUGGUUUAUCAACUGAGUUGAUAACGCAAACUGGCCACUGUAAAGAAUGUUUAAAGCUGACUUUUCGAGCGUUAGCCCUUCGUCGAUCGCUCUGACGCAGGGGGCCAACGCUCGGAACACCAGUUCUAGAAACUAUUUUCGGUGGCUCAUUUACAUCAUUUAUCUUGUGACACCUCCCACGGACGCAGCACCACGGUUUCUUUAGAAACUUGCCCCUUUUACUUUUUAAAUAGUUUUGUAAAAGGGGGAUUAAUUCAGACUGUCCCAUGGCUUAAAAAUAAGACUUAUUUCAAAAUCGAUUUUGUUGUACACCAUGAAAUCGCAGAAGUAGUCACAAAAUAUGAAUAUAUCAAUUUUUAAGAAUUAUGUAAAAUCAUCCAUCUUCCGUCUUCCUCAGCGGAAAAGGAUCUUAUUCCUGUAGAACCAAAGAAAUAAAAUGAGCAAAAAUCGCAUGUGGUUGAUUUACAGGUUUGUUCAAAGUCAAACCAAUUUUCCCACAAAAAUGACUUAAAUUCCCUGUAUUUUGUUUUGCCUUGGUUUCACCCUAGGGAGUUAAACAGUCAUAAAGAAGACCACAAAGGUGACUCAUAACUACCAACGAACAUUGGUAAGAGUAUUCAAGUGUGGACAAUUAAUUCAGUCUCCUUAAAUUAGCAAUCAACUCACUUUACGGACACGUUUGUCGUGAGAGACGGAAUUUUAAAGCUCAUCUGGUCGUCAUACAACAUUUCAGGAUGUAAGCGGUGUUUUGAGGUGAGUUAAAAGGCGAACUAUGUUUGAGUGUGGACUUUCUUCGAGUCAGUUUUGAAUUUUUCAAUUUAUUGUUUAGCAAUCUUUAUUGUCUUAAAGUUAAAUAAUUUACCCCUCUCAGCUGUUAAGACCAAAUGUUUUGAACGGCAUCUGAUAGAAUAAUUUCCUUUCUGAACCAAACCUUUGAAUUGUUGAAGGACUUUUUUAAUAGUUCAUUAAUAGAUUACCGAUUCGCCAGGAAUUUAAAGUCCACUAAAAGCCAUCCAAAGGCAUCUCAGAUUUCUUUGCUCAGCGACUUGCCAGUCGAAACCGUGAUUCCUCUGUAAGCAUAUUAUUGCACGACUAAACCGCAACACUUUCAUUCAAACGAGUUUAGAUCGAUUUUCAUUCAACUGCGGGUGUUUUUAGUGCUUAGCUGAUGUGAAAAAUAGGUUUUAGCGCAAGAAGCGCUGGUUUACGAACCCUCGGGAAGGAUUCACUCAUGCGUUCAAUGGGGAUUGACUUUGUGUGAGCCGCAUAAAUUAGUGUAAACAAAAUGCAACAGAAGACGUUGUAAAAAAACAACUUCAUUAAUAUUUAGCAAAUAUGUAAAAAUGACGCUUCAUUCGUCAUUUUAGCUUUUUGAUGAUCGCAUGAGAGUUUCUGGAGGUGAAGUUAUUUUCUUUCUACGAGUUUUCUUUGAAGAAUCGCCCGCCAAGAAUCGUCGAGAUAAUUUAUGCUAAACAUGUCCUGUUGUAAAGAAACUUCGGCGCGUUCUACGGUUAGAUAAGAAAUAGCGAGGAAAGCCGAGAAACCACAGAGACCUUCAAUUAAGAACUUUCUUAUGUGAGUAAAUCGCCUUUAUACAGUCCAACAUCGGUUCAAACAGUCCUGAAAUAUCGUGUUUUCAGGCGUUUCGUUUUGAGUCUCUUCAUAUGCUAAUUAGUUUUGCGCUGUCUUCUGUAACUUCGAUUUGCUGUAGCUGACUUUCUAAAGAUUCGUGAUUUACUCGCAUAGCCUAACAUCAGGGUUUUAAUUGAUGAAAGAUUUUUACACAACGGAUGUCCAAAGUGAUCGGCAUGUGUUUGAAAGUGAACUAAAGAUGCAAAAGGUGUACUAUGUAAUCCGGAAUUUCAAUUAUCUUGGCUUUCUUGCAUGGGCAAAAGGCUCACUGAUUCGUAUCGGACAUUUAAAUGCCCAAUGAACCUUUUUGUGCACGCAAUUAGGAGAUUUUGUCAAGUAAGGCGCUUAUCCAUGAGAUCAACCUAAAUUGAAAAUAACAGAAUGACAGUCAACAAGUUCUUGUGGUAAAAUAGAUUUCAAGGGAUCUGAGAAUCUAUUUUGGCUAAACGAUCAUUGAGCCAGGUAAAUGGGGAUGAACUUACAAGUAUAAUGCUGUUUUAUAUUGCGUAGCUUGCGUAGGCAGUUCCCUAAGAGAGAGAGCGGAAGCGGUUUAGUAGUCAAGCUUCUUUCAGAAUCGUUUCGCACAGAUUACAAACUUCGCGAAAACUGCUCUUUACCAAUUCAAGUAAACCUUGAUGCGAAAAAUGCUCAGAAACAAAUUUGCUUCGAAAUGUUUUCAAAUGUAAUCAUUUGCCGAUAGCAUCAUAAAAUUUAACCAUAGGAAAGAUAAAAGCAGGCAGUUAUAGCGAGGAACACAACAAUCUUGAGGCAAGGAGUUUUAUUUUCGCAACAUUCGGCAAAAGAGUUCAACUGUAACAAGUUGUUUCGAGACUUUUCUGUGUGAUACGGAUGACGAAGAGAAGGUCAUAGGUUUACGAGGAUGAUUUAUGUUUAUAACUCAAGGAGCCCUGCUUUCGUAAAAGUUUGGUGAAAGAAUUCAUAAACAAAUUGCUAUCGAGACGUUUCUGCGCGAUACGGGUUAAAGUUAGUGACAAUGAGCAGGUCAGAGGUACUCUUAAUAGUUGUUGUUUAUUACUUCUAGAUAAUGCCCUCGAAAUGAUUCAUUUCAUUUAUCAUCGUCCGACCGAAUCUUCCCGCUGUGGGCAAAAGACCAAAGCGGAAUAAGUUGGUUUGUAUCUGAAUUUCGAGCCAGUACUUUCGAUCGGAAGCGCUUUGGUGAAGAAUGCAAUUAGCAGGGGAACACGCUAGUGCAAGCUUUCCCACAAAUCACCUUCUUUAGAAGAAUUUCAUGUCUUCCUUUCUGUUCCUAGCCUCAUCCAAUUUGUUUUUUUUUUGUUUGUUUGUUUGUUUCUCAACCAAGCGAACCACUUUCGAUCAAUAGUUUCUAUUUUCCUUACUCUCAUAACCCUAAUGUGUGAUUCAGCGGUGAUAUUGUAAGGAGAAAUUAGAUGCUAAUCACUCUCAGUGGUUUAAGGGUCAAAACGCCCCCGAAAAUGCAACUGAAACCUAAACGGUAUUUCCCACUUUGCACUAUGGAACUUGAUGAAAUGGGAAAUAUCAGCAAUGAUCAGCACAAAUCUAACCUAAUGUUCAGUUCAAUGUGGAAGUUGCGUUGUAUUUCAUUCCCCUAAAAUAGAAUCUAGGCUGUGGUUUUGGUCAAACUUCACUGAUUAGUAAGUUGUUUUUCCCUUUAAGAGACCCCAAUUAGCUGAACCCAAAACUGAUCCACCACGUCAAUUUAUGAACGGAAACGCCAUCUAUUACAGAAACUGCGGUGUUUUAUAGGGACUUCCAGCCGCAACCGCGUAUGUGGAAUUUUUUCCUGUUUGAUAUCCAAUUAGCUACUGACGCCGUGUCACUCAUCUCUCUGACAGUUUGAUGAAUCACUGGCAAGGCGUUUACCAUUUUCAUUCAUUAAUAAAGUCGACUACUCUUGACAGUAAAGGCCUAUGGUGUUUACAUUUUAAACAAAAUAAUACAUGGUUGUAGUUUUGGAAUUUCUCUUGAAGAGAAAUGCAAUAACCACGCGCACCAUGCAUAAUUCUCUAUUUAGAUACGUAACGAUAAUCAAGUUUAUCGCGCAACAUAUCACGCCAGCUUUCCCCUUUUCGACUGCCGUAAUUUAUGUUUUUGCUAGAAAUUGCGCAAUACUUGUUUUACUGAAAAAAAAUAUCGCUUUAUUUAAGAAAAGACAAAAACUUGUUUACGAAUGAAAAAAAAUUAUACACAUCACCUCUCUGGUGGGCUCUGGCCUCGAAGAAAAAUACCAGUAUUUAAAAUUUGUUUCCUACAGAUCAAAAUAUUCUUGUAAUGUAAAACAACACAGAAUCUUCUGUGUUUAAAUUGGCGAGAUUAGCUCGAGUGUGAUCAAUCACAUUUUGUUGUAAUGUGACGGGCAUAGAUAAUUCUAACUAAUGUCUAUUACCACUCCCUCUAUUUUGCUCAUAGGGAUUCACUUAACACCUUAUUUAUAAACCUUGUUUCGCGUACAGCCCUCGCUGCCUCUCAGUUGUGAAACGCGACCGAGGUCAAUAAUUAAUCCUCCAUAUGGACUUCUUGGUCGGUCCUAACAACAAAAUAAACAUCUCACUCUAACCCUCGAAGAGGACUUUUUAAGAGGUCCUUAACUUCAGUAAGAUAAACUUUUUUAAAUCCAUUGUGUUUAUUCACUAUUGAACCUUUAGUCUGCCCUUGAGCGAUAGUAUUUUUACGACUUAGCUCUGAAACUGAAAUAUCUACAAAAAUAUCCGUAAAUAAUCGAACAAAACCUAAUUGUAGUAAGACUUCCAGUCAACCACGCCAGAAAAUGGUUCUUGUUUACUCGUAUUUCGCGCAAAAUUAGUUCCAUUCAACCUCCCACAGAUGUUAAUCAUCCUAUCCAGAUUUCAUAUAUUGUAACAGUUGUCACUGAUUUGUGUCCAAAAUUUUUCAUUUCAGACUUUUUGAAAACCAGUCAUAAUUAAGUUAUCCUGCGUCGUGUAAAGUGAAUACAAGCUUCUGUAUUGUGAUUUAUGUUGAUGCCUCCCAGGUGUUUGUAAGUUUAGCGAUAUGAUCGCAUUUGUUCUUCUUAUUAUUAUCGAUUGAAACAGGUGACGGGAUUUCCAAGCGGGUCGACAAAGCUCCUACGAUGGCCUGAGUCUCUUUUCCGCGAAAGAAUUCGAUCGCUAGAAGGGAAGUGCAAAAAGAUAACAAGUGAAGGGAAAGCAACGGUUCCCGAAGUUGAAUGAAAAAGUUGAGAGAUCACUGAUUAAAAGUAGGUAAGUCAAAAGCCAGUUUGUACCUGUAUGUUAUACAAGGUUUAAAAUAACAACUCCGUGGAAGGCGACCGCGAAGUUCCGAUUUCAUAAUGACUUGUAGAAAUUGUCAACAACUACAGCAUUACGCUACUUUGCUCACAUAUGAUUCCGUUUCUCGUGCGAGUCGGAGAAAUCUUCCCUUGCAGGUCUUCGUUUGAUUUAUCUGCCCGAGAUCAAAAUUCUAAUUUCAGGUUAUUGGAUAUUUGUGAGGUUUACCUCGAUAUUUCAUUACAAAUUGCAAGAAUUUGUAGCAUUUUACGGUGAACAUUUUAUGUGAAAGAGCGCAUAAUAAUCAAUACAACUUAUAUAAGUCUUCUAAAAGUUCAGUAGUGAACAGAAAACUUUAAAGAAUAAACAGAAUGCAGUCGUAUUCUUCGAAUAACAUACAGAAGAAAGAUUGUCACUGAUUAGAGAAUGUUGAUUAAUGUAACUCGAAGAAAAACGCAGCCUGCUAUAAAUAAUAAAUGAAGGAGACUGCAGUUCGCUUGAAAACACUCUCUCACACACAUACGAUUCUUAUUUGCAGAUAUUUGCUAAUUUGAAGCGGAUUUUUUUUUCAUUUUUUUUAAUAAGUUCGUGCAAAUUUCAGCUCGAAAUUGAAGUCUACUGAAAUUUCCCUCUGUAUCGGAAAAAGUUAUUCGCAUGAUAUGAUACAUUCGAAAAAAAUUUUAAUUUCAGCCGACAGAGUGAACCACAAACCCGGGAUUUUUGACGUCAUAGAAAUUAACUGAUGUAGAUAGACUGAACAUGAACAGAAGAACAUAUUUUGGCCGUAAUAUUUCAGCUAAAAACUUCCUUUACCUGACAAUCCCUAUGAUUAAAUCCCAAAAUCGUUUGUAUGAACUCUUAUAAAAAUCACUUUCCAAAUUAAAGUGCGAGAUUCUUUUUCGCUAACACUCAAGCAGCCCCGUGGCGUUGACCCAAAUUUUGAUAAAUUUUUCACACGCGUUACUUUCAUCAUCAAUUCCUAAGAGUUAUUCCUGAAAGGAGCCCAUUCCUGAGCUGAAAAAGGUAUUAUUAUUCUGUUUGCACUACGAUGGAGCAAUUUUAAUUUCCAUUCAAAGGAGUUUAUUUAUAAGGAAAUUGAAUUUUUUAAGUUUCAUUUGAAACGGAUAUACACUGAUAAAAAAUUCAUACGAUGUUAUACACAACUGGUGAUAAUAAGAAUUUUCUUGAAUCUUUUUCUUCCUCAGUUAGUCUUCACUAAAAGGCCGGUUAUGGGUUAUUACUUGUCCGAAGUGUACAGAACUAUUUCCAAAGCCUUUGGGGUUGGGGUGGGGUGGGGAAGAGAGGUACUCCUAAACAGACCUUAUAAGUAUGUGCCGGCUCCAAAGGGAAAAAACCUCGAGCCGUGUUUGGGCUGAGAUAAUUGACUGAGAAAGAGAAGUGACCAAAACAUAUCAUUCAAGCUGAAUUCACAGGUUUAUCUUAGCUUUUCUUUAGCUUGUUACUAAUGCAGAGUGUAAUCGCGCUAGGCAACAAUGCGUAAUGGAUUCGCAAAUUAAGCGACAGUCUCCCAGUUCCUAUCCCCCUCCCCCUCCCCCCGGAAUUUAGGAGAGUACUCUCUCCGAUUUCUUUUUCACGUCAAGAAAGGUUCGCACACCAUUGGCCUCAAAACUCCUUUUUUUCAUACAUUCACUUGGGCAUGCGCCGCACAUGGCCCUAUAAAGCUAUUACAUUUUGCAUCAUAACCUGUUAAGAGAGAAAAAUCCACUCUUGAAUUUGUCUAUAAACAAGAAAUUGAGAAUGGAAGAGAAAGUUUGUAAUCAGAUAUCUAAAGCUAUAAAGUUUUUGAGUGCGUAUAAAAGAGAGUUUUCUACAUAAAAAAAUCUUAUUAAAAAACCUAAGCAUGUUCAUAUGGGAAAAUCGUUUUCUCCAGGAAAAGCUUAUUCGAUCGUAGUAAGUUUUCUGAAUUUAGAAUUUUAAAUUUAACUUAAGUGAAGUGGCAUGGGCUGCGGUAAUAUUGUGACUUGUCUGGAUUUUUCUGUGGUGGACACCAAAAGCUUCUUUUGCUUUUAGAUGAUUUGUUUUAUACUAUUUUUCCCCUUUGAAAGCGAAUACUCAACAGUAGGAGAUUGGAAUUGUUCUUUUAUAUUAUACAGUUGUUUUGAAUUUUAAUAUUACAUAAAGUAGGGUGCGGUGAUCGUAACUUUUCUGGAUUUUUCUGUGGUGAACACCAAAAGCUUUAUUUUUAAUCUUGAAACUAAAGUGUGAUUUUAGAUUUCGUUUUCGUUUGCUGUUCAAAAAUAAUCAAUUUUACUGUUAUAUUUUUAUUCAUUUCACUGGAUUUCUUCACUGUAAGGUUCUUGAAAUAUGAUCAAACAAACAAACAUAAUUGUUUCUAUUUUAACAUUUUUCCUUGUGAGAGGGAAGCUUAAGGUAAAAGUGUUUCCUUCAUCCACAAGGUCUGGAAAAAAAAAUGAUUCGUCGAAAUUCAGUGCAUUUUUUCCCCACAGGCCACUUUGUUUUUUACAGAGGAGAGCGGCAGAUAAUUAAGAUAAUAGCUAAAGUUAAGAUGGUUCGCUGAUAUAGUUUUGGUUAGUUUUCAUUUAGACAUGUUCAUUUUGUCCAGGGAGAGGAGCGCUAUUUUGCGAGUUUGCGUUUCUGUUUGGUUCUGUCCCGUUCGAAAAAAUAAAGCAGUUUACUCAUUUUAAAACGAGUUAAUAUAACAAAAAAUAUUUUUGGAUAGAUAAGACACGAGAACUUGAAAUCCAAAAUCUAUAGAGGAAGUUAAAUGAAUUUAAGUAAUAAUCUCAUUUCGAAGUAAAAAAUUUAUUUCAAAAACUAAAAACUCGUCCUCUGUUCCACCUACGUUUCAACAAAUAUCGUAAUAACCCUAUGUUGUACGUUAUAUCAUGAGCUUCCAGUGAUCUAGCAGAGAGAAUUAUUUGUUUCUUGUGUUAUUAGAAUAAUAAAAAAAUUGUUUACGGAUUAUAAUCUACCAUCGAAGGUGAAUCGCCCAUGGCACUUUAAUUCAAAAUCUAAAGAGAAAUUCAGAGAACAACCAACGUAAGUUUGUCGGUAGUGAAAGUGUUACAAAGCUUUUUUGUCAAAAUCUCACGAUCCCUACGUACGUUUUCAUACCCUAUCAAUUGUUUCAUAGGAUAUGCUGUUUUGAAAAUAUUGACCCUUUUUUUCCUCCCAGCUCCAUGCACAAAUAAAUACAUGUUAAUUAAAAGAGACAGAAUAAUCAUUAUCAUCGAUUUUCCAAAAACAAUGAAUAUGUUUUUAUUUUCAUGUCGGAUCAGUUCAGUUUUGAUAAAUAAAUCCUCUUGAUUGUGGUGGCUGUUGCGACAUAUGUAAAGAAAGUCAAACGACUGGACUGUAAUUAACGGGAAAUCGUGUUUUUUCGAUAGGAUCAUGAGUAUUAUUUUGAAAAAUUUUUAGCCCCAAAAUAGGAAGACCUUGUUAUUUAUUUAAAACUUUCGCAGCGAGUGCACCAGCGGAAGUCCUAGAUUAUCGCGAUUUGGUAGUUCUUCGUCUAGACACUGAAAAUUUCUGCGAAGAUGUUUUGAAACAAGGACUUUACUGCUUACAGACGAGGAUUUUGUCUUCAAGGUGAGCUUAAAGGCUUCGUCGUUUCGAAGCAAUGGGCAACACGGAACAGUUUUAGAAUUUUGUGUCGACUGCUAAUAUUUUCAAUUGUAGGCUACUUCGAUUCUUUCACAAUCGCGUGCACAAAUGCAGUGUAAAUAACACAUUUUUAACAUGUUCUCAGCGGCUUCGCGAUCGUCUUUGUGGAAUACAGAUAAUAAUAAGUCCUUUCAACUUAUAUUCUUCAAUAUUCAGAAAAACUCUUGAAAAUGUGCUUUGAGAAACCGCGGAACGAGAACACGAAUGCUACCAUUAUUUUCACUUGUAGAAUCUGGUUUAUUCUUAUUUUUUUUUAAUGAAAAUGUUAAGAAAGUGAGUAUUGCAAAGAUUGCAAGGUUGAAUUCAUUCGUUGAGUAAAUCCCACAAUAUCUGAUAAUAAUAGGUGUUUAUAGUAAAGACGGCAAAUCAACAACAUUUUCCAUUGGACUGGAACGAAAGAAUAUUUCCAAUAUGGAAAUGAGUUUCAAGAUAAGCAGACUAAACCAGACAGUGUGCUUCUUACGUCAAGGUUCCUGUGUGUUCAUUGACUGCUUAGCAAAACAUUAUAGGUUUAUGGUUUUUUUUUCUUCCCUGGUUACAUAGUUACACUCCUUUCAAACCAUUCCAUGCUGUCCAUUAAAGUUACUUUUUAGCAUUACAUUGUAUAUCCUUGAUGCAUGGCAUGAAACGCGUGAAUCGCGCGUGAAUUGUGCGUGAAUAGCGUGUGGAAAGUAACAGUCACUAAUAGUAAAUAAUUCUCAUAUACUUACGGACCAGUCAUUAAUUUUCGCCUGGGAGGGGGGAAGGGAGGGGCGGUUCAGAGGAUUUUGGCGGUAUCACAUUUAUUUUCAAGGGGAAGGAGUUGGGAUUAGUCGUCUCAAACAUUGCAAACAGCGUAUAAAGAGGGGACUACAGAAAAUUGUUUAGCAAUUUAGGGGUAUCAUUUGAUAACUACAGAGGCUUAGAGGGGGAAUCAGGUAAAUUUUACCGCGACACAACCAAAUCCUCCAACAACUCUUCCCCCCCCCCCUCCCCGGCGAUGGAUCUUGUAUAUCAUCAGAAAAAUUCCUGCACGCCCGUUAACUUUUGGGAGAACAUCAUCCCCUGAGAAAAUAAAUCGAGAAAAUGCUUUCUUAUAUCUAGGUUCUGUGCUUGACCGAAAAGAAAUAAAACAAACAACAUUUGCGCAAGCUCGCGACCAAAAAAAAUUAUACAACCAAAAGAUGACAAUUUCCCGACCCAUCCCUCUCGUGGCCUCUUUGAAACGUAUUGUCCACCAUUAUUCGCUUUUCAUAAACAUAAUAUUUUCCUUUCUUCUUGCAGACUUAGCUCAAUGGAAAUUCUUGUAAUAAUAAUUCUCGGUAUCACUGGUGGUGUUAUGAUCGCCACAGUAGCAGUCUCGGGUAUUUACUACUCAUACCGGACUAAAAAGGCGGGAAAAGGCAAAGAAAAGACUGCUGCUAAGGUCACUACUAGUGCCCCAUUGCGCCGAUCCGCCCGCGCGGAGUCUGAGUCCUUUGUUGUGAUUCAGGAUGAGUCUGUGGUGGAUUUUGACAGCAUUCCUGUGCAACCUGAAACAAGACGACCAAUCAGGUAUCGGUUUCACAUUGUUUGGGUUACCUGUGGAAAUCUUUUUUCGAACGAAUGUCCCAUACGGUCACCAUGUGCUUAUGGUCUUUGCAUAAGUGACAUUCACCCUUUACACCCUAACAUCAAUAUUCAUAUUCUCCAUACUGUUAUCUGUUCACUUACUAUGGUGCUGACAAGGAGAAUUUGUCAAACAAUCACGAGUUCCUUUAGUUGCUGAUCAUUUCCUUUAUUCUCAUGACAUCAAUGUGUGAUUCAGUGGUGAUAUUGUAAGGAAUAGUAUUGCCUUGCGUCUGUUCAGUGAUACGUCACAGAUGACGUCAAAAUGUAGCAAGGAAAAAAAACUGGAAAACGAAGCGCAGGCGAGUGGGUCACUGAUGUUCUCACGCCUUCAUAUUACCUACCAGCCUUGGGUUUAAAAAAAAAAAAAAAGUGCACGUUCGAUGAAUUUCGAGACAGCAUUUGUCGUUAUUCGAUGUUUGCCGUUCCCUCCCCUACCGACCAAACCACCCACCCAUCGCUAAAUUCCGCCUUACCGUGGUUCACGAAACAAAAUAAAGAACCUGAUUUUUGUUCCCAGGUCUCCCGACGAUGUAUAUCCGCCGCUAAGAGAGGAGGAGCAAGAUGACUACCUACUGAAUAGCCUAGACAUGGAUCUUAGUUCCACUUCGGUUAUACCACCGGUGAGUCACAUAGCUAAAAGCCGAGAAUAAAUCCACUUUGGGUGGUUCGCAAAUAUUCCAUAUGUUGUAGCAAUAAUAAUAACUAUCAUAAUAAUAUAAUUAACAAUAUUAAGUAGCAUCACAUGUAGACUCAAGUCCCAGUCUCCAACAAGAAUAUUGUGGAUGCAAUGUUUGAAGUAUCAAUUUUUCAGUCAAGAUCAAAGUUUGUAUUUCUUCAAUGGAAAUGUUCCCUAAAAAGAGCUCUGCUAAAAGAGAGAAAUAUCUGUCUCCUAUUCUUAGAAACAUAAUCAGAUCAUUUAUUUAUUAAGUUAGCUCUCCUAUGAUAUACUUUCGAACUUUUGUUUUGCCUGACUGUGUCUUACUUUGAUUUCAUCGUUUGAUUCUUAGGAGGAAACAAUAGAGAGGAAAGGAUGUUUGGAAUUUACAUUACAUUACUAUCAGCUAAGGUGAGGUUUAUGAGUUUUCGCGGUGUAAUAGAAAACUUUUUUGUGGUUGUUUUGCACAGGGCUAAAAAAGACAUGCAGUAUAAAGAAAUUUUCGAUUGAGUGUCGAAAAUAAUCUGAGAUCGUUUUGAUUUUGCAUUAAUUCGGUUCGUGAUUGGUUUAGAAAACUCGCACCAUCCUCAUAGCCUAUCAGACGAAACGAAAACCAAUCGUGACUCGGUCAUCCGCGUUUUCCCGCGUUUUUGAUGGUUUACCUGUUUUCCUUUGAGUGCUCAUUGACCAAAGAAGAUUUUAACCUUUUUUAUGAUCUUGAGAACUAGCGAUUAACAAAAAUGGGUUGUUGCAUUCCGUUUCAAACCUUUUAGCUCCACCCUGACAUUGACUUUAAUUCGUCUUGGCGACCUUCCCCUGCGUCCAUCCACGGGAAAACCACCGGAUCCUGUCGUCGAGUUCGAAGUCAAGUACGGUCACGAAGGUAAAAUCAAGUCUGAGGUGUACCACACCACGUGCGAUCCACACAUAUACGAAAGCUUCCGGUUCGAAAUUCCCGUCAACGACCUUGGAAACCAGACGCUGACGUUUAAAGUGAUUGAUAUGAUGAUAACCAAUAUACCUCCACCUCCACCCCCACCACCACCCCCAGAGGACGAUAAGAAGAAGAAGAAGAAGAAAGAACCACCGCCACCCCCUCCUCCGCCUCCACCACCCCCUCCCCCAACACUGAUAGGAUUUGUCACGGUACCUCUGGUGAGCGUUGCGAUGAAAAAAUUAUUGUCCGAUACUGAGAUUACGAUCCUCCGUGAUGUCAUUAAACUCAAACCCAGGCGUCCGCCGCCAGAAAAGGUCGAUACUGAGGGUGAGACGCUGGUAUCGACAACGGGAACGGGGACAGAUGAUUUUGAGGAUGCACAGGAUACUGUAGACGCGGAAAGCAAAGAGACGAAAGAAGAAGAAGAACAAGAGGAACAAGAGGAAGUAGAGGGAGGAGGAGGAGAAGAAGAAGAGGAAAAGGAGGCCGAAGACGAAGAGCCUGACACUUCUCAGGUAGGUUGUUUUAUCCAUUAUGUUUGAGUUAUUAUUGUUUGUUUUCUUUGUUGUACUCUGCCUUUUUUACCGUUUCACCGUUCCAUAAUCAAGGCCGUACUCUACUACUUUCAGCGCAGCUUUAAUUUCACGGCCUAGGCAUUCAAUUUUCCACAAUUACAUUGUCAUUCAGGGUUGACCUGCGCUACAUGUUCUUACACCCUUUUCCCAUUUCAUGACCCCUCAUUCAUCUUCUACUGUGCUAUAAACCAUCGAACUAUGAACACCGCAAUGACUCCGCUUUCCAUUGAGCUGUCCUCUUGUCUUUUCUCCCAUAGGCAGAGGAACAGGUAGUAGAAACAGUCCCCCCACAUCGCCCCUCGGUCACAUUUUCCCGUGAUGUGGAAUCAGACAUGCCGGGGCCUGCGUUGCUAGUGUCCCUAGCAUAUCUCAAAACAUCUGAGAAACUUACAGUAAUCGUGAUGAAAGCGAGGGAUUUAAGGCCAAUCAACAAAAAUAAGAAACCUGGUGAGUAAAAUAUUUGAUGAAGUUAGAAUCCUUUGUCAUAUUAUAAAAGACAAUGGAAAAAGAUCUGGUGGUGCACGCUUAGCAGUUUGGACAUGGUAAAGAAAUUGGGUGGAGGUCACUUCUAAAGAGAAAUAUUUUCAAACAAAAAUCUCAUUUUUUUUUUGAGUGCUGUUUGACGAAGUCCCACCGGACAGCUUAAGUAUUUAUCGCAUAUGACCUCCUUAACCCUUUUGAGUGACUAGCAUAUAAUUUCUCCUUACAGUAUCACCCCUUAAUCAAACAUUAAGGUAAUAAGAAUAAAGGAAAUGAUCACUAACUUAAGAAGAUCUUGAUUGUUAAACAAAUUCUCCUUGUCAGUAACUUAGGAAAUGUAUAGAGUCCAGUAUGGAGAAUAUUCAAACAGAUGUUAGGGUGAAAAGGUUUAAAGGACGAUAAUUCCUACUCCAUCAUAUCGACGUGAAACACGAAACAUUCGAAAAGUUACACUGUAUACUGAUGCUAAAUAAGGACUGCUACGGUACAACCUAACCGAAAGAAAGAACAUUAUACUCCUAUAGACUAGACUUUUUCAUUAAAUAACUUGUGAUAUUCUUAUUAAAGAGCUUAUUUUAAAGGCAGUACGGUAUUCAUCCUCAGUAAGGUCACUUAAGCCCACUACAGUCUAUAUCUUAGCUCACCACUGACACAAACUCGCAGUUUUCUUCAAAAUUCCUCCAAAUGGAGAACAUACACAGUAGGUCUCUCUCGGUAUAGUUUUCCAAACAUUCGGUCACUCCCGACAACAACAGCUCACAACCACUAAAGGACUGAGCCUUUAUAUACGUUUUAAAACUAUUCUAGAACAUACUGGAAGCUUACAACGCAGCUAUUUUGGUAGUAUUACAUCACAACUACGUGACCUAAUGAUAUGUUCAAAAAAAAUUCCAUGGAUGCACGUCAGCGUGACUAAGAAUUCUAGAAAUUUCUAUGUAAUUAUCUUACAGUUAUUAUCCAUAGCAAUACUUAAACUCAUCAUGGACAUAACAUUCACUCUGUGUUCCUCAUUCAGAUCCAUUGGUUAAAGUGUACAUAAAGAUGGGUGAUAAAAAGCUAAAGAAGCGUAGCACGUUAGUGAAAAAACAUGACGUCCCUCCAGUGUGGAACGAAGCAUUUAGUUUUGCCAUUCCGCACCGAAUCCUCCACAAAGUGGCCGUUCUUCUUCAAGUGAAGCACUUCUCUGAACGAGGAAAGAAGCGAUUGCUAGGCAAGAUUACGAUUGGAGCGACGGCGAACGACGAAGCUGUAGAUCAUUGGAAUGCCAUGCUGACUUCAUCUUCGUCUGUUGCCAAAUGGCAUUCAUUGGAUGAAGAGAAGAGUGGACGGAGGAGCAAGACGCUAGCGAAGCAAAAGUCGUCUUGAAGGUUUUAAGAUUUCCUCGGUGUCAUGAACGGCGAGGAUCUGAGGAAAGGAAAGUGUCAUGUGAUUGCUACUCAAUGAAGUUAUGACUGAUUGAUUUCAUGCUUUAUUUACGCAAGUUUUCAUCGCUAAACCUUCAUAAUGGUCAUCAUCACCAGCAAGGGAACAUCAGAUCUAAUGUUCUCUUGUUAGUGAUUUAUCAAUAUUAAUAAUAUUAUCUUAUGUCAGGUUGUCCUCGUCUGUGUUUAAGUGUUUUGCUGGAUCGCGUAAAAUCCUAGGUCCUCACCUCUCGUUCUCAGGCUUCGCGGUUCAACUAAGGCUGGGCAUACGAGUUCAUCAGUGAGAGUACUGGCCUUACUCCAGGAUCUCCACUGUUACUAGCUCAGGGGCAGAACCAGGAGUGCUGAUGAGGGUCGAAACUUUGAUUCAGAAACGUUUCUUUAACAAAUGCUUAAAAUUAAAUCAAUUGAAUGCUUCAAAUAAUGUCGUAAUAUUCUAUCCUGUUGUAGCACGAAUUUCGGUCGAGACAAGUAGUAUUUAGAAACCUGGGGUUUAAUAGAGGGGGGACCGGUCUCCCUUCAUCCCCCUACCCUUCCCAUCCACCACUGCAAAUGUAAAACGCAGCUGACAUGUAGUAUUUAGAAACCCGGGGUUAAAUAGAGGGGAGACCGGUCCCCCUUGAUCCUCCUACCCUUCCCAUCCACCACUGCAAAUGUAAAACGCAGCUUUGAAAAAAAUGUCGUGGGUGACUGGGGUAUAUCAGGGUAUUAGUAAUUAAUGUAAUAAGUGAGCAAAGAGAAGCCAACAAAAUACAAAGCCACGAAGGGAAAUUUAUUGCUUAGUUUCCUUUACAAUAUGCUAAAAAGUUUACGUUGGUAGAUCGCUUCUUCUUUGGAAGGCCUCCACUUUUCAGUGAGGUGUCAGAAACUAAAAAACCGCAAAAAAUACAAAAUAUCAGCAAAUCAUGACAAAUUGUGUAACAAACUUUCCAAAAGAAUUUGUUUGUAUUAACAAGCACUGGAAUACCUUUGAAGGUUAAAAAAUAUUAUUCUUAUUAUCUUAUUUAAUUGUCGUUAAUACGAAAACUUCAGGAUGGAAGGGAAGGAUUUUAAGGGAUUUUUGGUAUUUAAAAUUCCAAAAUGUCAAACUGGAGUGAAAGAUAAGGGCUUUUAAUGAGUGUUUUUGAGAACGAAUUUUAUUGUCACAUUUUUAAUAUAUCCUUUAUACCUUUUUUUUAACUGCAAACUAAACGUAGGUUUCCUUUUGUUUUAUAAAAUCACAUUUCCUUACAGGGAAACGGCCUGUUCCAUGCAGGGAAACAGUGCUCUUUUCCCUUCAUGUAGCAGCGGCCGAGAUCCACGAAUGAAGAGGAAAGAGUCCUGGGUACGAGCUUGCGGCUUAUUAUAAACUGAUCAAUAAAAAGUGAUUAAUAAAAAAUGGUUAGUUUUUUCCUGGA